GAGACUCUUCCGCUGUACGAGACCGGGAGCAGCAGCUGCAGCAGGGAUGAGGGGAGAGCCUUACUACAUCGGGAUGAGGGCCACUGGAUAUUUUGCCUGUGAGGUGGGAGGAGGGGAGCUGCUUCUUCUGUAUCCAAUGCACAGAAACAGAGACCUGUCCAGAUUCCUCUCAGAAGAAGACUUUCAGGGCAUCACUGAUUUCAAUGAUCUCCCCAACUCCCUUUUUGCUUGCAACGUCCACCAGUCUGUGUUUGAAGAUGAAGAUAGCAAGGAGAAAUUCGAGGGUCUGUUUCGCUCUUAUGACGACUGCGUCACACUGCAGCUUUUCAAGAGCUUCCGAAGAGUGCGGAUAAAUUUCAGCAACCCCAAGGCAGCGGCGAGAGCGAGGAUAGAGCUCCACGAAACGCAGUUCAGGGGCAAAAAGUUAAAACUGUACUUUGCACAGGUUCAGAGCUCAGAGACAGACGGAGAUAAGCUUCACCUGGCGCCCCCACAGCCUGCCAAACAGUUCCUCAUCUCCCCGCCCGUGUCCCCCCCAGUCGGCUGGCAGCCAAUAGACGACGCCACACCGGUUAUUAACUACGACCUCCUUUAUGCAGUCGCCAAGCUCGGCCCAGGUGAGAAAUAUGAGCUUCACGCCGGCACGGAAUCGACCCCCAGCGUGGUGGUGCACGUGUGCGACAGUGACAUGGAGGAAGAGGAGGACACAAAGAACUCACCGAAGCCUAAAAUCAUCCCCACCAGGCGCCCCGGCCUGCCUCCGACCAAGUCCAACUGAUCUGCCCUGGGGGGGGCGCCACCCUGACUGAAUCUUUUUCACAUAGCUUUUAUAUCCUUAACUCUUCCAUUAGAGCGUAGCCUUUUCCUCAUUUUUAUAGGGAGGUUAUUGGCGCAUCGUGACAUCAGCAUGGAGGCCGCCAGUCAGCGCUUUGGGUUCCUAUACAGGGAGAAACCAUUUGCUACACAGGACUUUACGCCUCUCCCAAGUGCUGAUUGGCCAGAGAACCGGGACGCGGCUUAUACCAGAACGGCGGGAUAAAUAUAUCACCAAAAAUCUGUUUUUUUUGUUUUUUUAUUUAAUAUUUGCACAAAACCCCAUUGAUGCGAGAUUCCAUCAUGUCACUUGUCUCUCUGCCAGCGUUUUCUGUGCGUUUAUGUUCUUAACCCCUCCCACUAGUUGCGGCGGAGAGAGACGCGCGGGUAAGGAAGUGCCGGACAGAAGGAGCAUGUCGGAUAUCUGUGUCUCACAUUCAUGGAAUUGAUAUUUGUAAAUUGUUUGUGUAACGAAGAAUAAAAAGGAAAUUUAGAAAUUCAAAUGUUGUUGAUUUUCAGCAGCAAAUGAAAUGAAAAUGUGAUCCAGGGAAUGGUUACCAUGGAAAUAAAACACACAUUUAACUUA